UCUUCCUCAACACUUCCUCAACAUUUGGUUCGAAAUUUCUGAAAUUGCAGAGACAAUGAGCACAACGAGCUACUACUCAUCCGCUGCAAGUUCGGCGAAUCGUUUUUUUCCUCAUGGUGUCCCGUCGAAAUGCUGGUGUGGAGAGGAUAUCAUCACAUUCACAUCGAAAACGAAAGAGAAUCCAUACCGGAGAUUCUACCGAUGCGCGAUUGCAAUGAAGAGGAAAAAUGAGGAUCACUUGUUCAAAUGGGUUGAUAAAGCUCUCUUAGAAGAAAUUAGGAUGGUGGAGGAGAAGUGUAAGUUAGUUGUAGCUGAUGUCAAUGCCUUGAGGAUGGAAGUGAUGUGUACUAUGAAGCUCCAAAACGAAAACUUUAAGAAGAUGGAGGAUGCGAUGAGUAAGAAGAUAGAGGAUGAAGUGAAGAACAUGAAGGAGAAUGUGGAGGAGCUGGGUCAUGUUAUGGCUAAGUCAGCUUUGAAGACAGUAGGUGUUGCUUCUGUUAUUCUUUGCUCAAUUGUAUGGCUAAACGACGUCGUUUUGGCUUUGUUUUGAGAAAUAAAGAGAAGAGUCAAAC